AUGAAGUUCUCUCUCGCUGCUCUCACUGGUUUCAUUGGCGCCAUCAGCGCUGCCAGCCUCCCCAACGCCUUCACCCUCGUCGCCGAGGGAGGCAAGACCGUCCUCACUGACGGCCAGAACCUCUACGUCGGUGCUAACACCACCACCCACGAGAUUCUCAUCCUCCGUGGUGGCAGCCCCAACGGCCUCGUCUCCUUCACCUCCAAGGACGGUGUGCCCACUGCUUUCCAGAACCUCUACGUUGUGGAGAACCAAGCCGCCCCUGUUGGCCUGACUAUCCCUCACUCUGGUGCUGUCCCCGAGGGCGGUAACACCACCGCUUUCGGUGUCAACGAGAAGGGUCUGUUCACCCAAGGCGGCAAGGACUGGUUCGCUGUCUCUGGAUACGGUGACAACCCCGUCAAGGAGGUCUUCUGGUCUGCCGCCCACCAGGCCGAGCUGCGCGUUGAGAACCUCUACGUCAAGGAGCUCAAGAACUACUCCAACUAA